AUGAUGCCAGCGGCGCACGUCUACGGACACCACCAAUUCAACCCUCAGGGAGGAGACUCGGCUUGGAUGCACCAGCAGCCUGGCGCGCAUCAUGCCCAUACUCAACAACAGCAACAGCAAGUAGCCGCUGCAGCCGCCGCCGCCGUUCAGCAGCAGCAGCAGCAGCAGCACUUUAACCGUCUUGCUGGCGCAGGUCAACUCCCCGGCCACGGUCAGGAUGCCGAUCACAGCAAUGUCUCGGAGGACAACCGGCGUACCAUGGCCUUCAUAGCCGAUCUUCUCAACGAGAACACUCGGGAGGCUGCUUUGUUGGAACUUAGUAAAAAGCGCGAGCAGGUCCCCGAGUUGGCUCUCAUAUUGUGGCAUUCAUUCGGUGUCAUGACCUCUCUCCUCCAAGAGAUCAUUUCAGUUUAUACUCUUCUUAACCCAUCCCAGCUUACCGCAGCUGCCUCAAACAGAGUGUGCAAUGCCCUUGCCCUCCUCCAGUGCGUAGCUUCUCACAAUGAUACAAGGACCUUGUUCCUCAAUGCACACAUUCCUCUGUUCCUCUACCCCUUUCUUAACACCACUUCCAAAUCUCGGCCUUUCGAGUACCUCAGGCUCACGAGCCUGGGUGUCAUCGGUGCGCUCGUCAAGAACGAUUCGUCUGAAGUCAUUAACUUCCUCUUGACCACAGAGAUCAUCCCUCUCUGCUUGCGCAUCAUGGAGACAGGUUCGGAACUUAGCAAGACCGUAGCCAUCUUCAUCGUUCAGAAGAUACUUUUGGACGACAACGGCCUUAACUACAUCUGUGCUACAUACGAGCGUUUCUAUGCUGUUGGUACAGUCCUCAGCAACAUGGUUGCUCAACUUGUCGAAUCACAGACCGCUCGUCUCCUCAAGCACGUUGUCAGGUGCUUCCUUCGGUUGAGUGACAACGCUCGCGCUCGUGAGGCUCUGCGUCAGUGUCUUCCUGAGCCACUCCGUGAUGCUACCUUUUCGUCCGUUCUCCGUGAUGACGCAGCGACCAAGAGAUGCCUUGCCCAGCUGCUUAUCAACUUAUCGGACAACGUCGCGGAUCCUAACUCUGGCGGUGUGUCCGGCAUGUAA